GGGCAAUGUCUUCUUCCAUUGAAUGGACAAUUAUUCAAGCUAUUCAUUGGCGAAACGAGUAGAACGCAGCUUGCAUCACAUUUCCGGAGUGUAAAUCACCAGCUGCAGUAAGACUAUGGCGAAAAACAGCAAGGCAUUAUAGGCUUAGCUCAGGAAGACAGGAGGGCUCAUUGCAGCCCAAUGAGAGUGGCAAUGGAAGGGAACGGGAAUAACGAUGCCUUGAGCAGCUCCUUCCUCCAAGAUGCCCAGUACAUUGUCCACGAAUCCGAAGUUUAUGGGAUGAAUAUUGCCAAGGAUGCAAGAGAAUGUGUCCAAGAAUGUGUGUCCGAGUUCAUCAGCUUCAUCACGAGUGAGGCCAGUGAUCGGUGCCACCAAGAGAAAAGAAAGACCAUCAAUGGAGAGGACAUCCUCUUUGCCAUGUCAACUCUGGGCUUUGACAAUUAUGUUGAACCCUUGAAACUCUACCUCCAGAAGUACAGGGAAGCCAUGAAGGGAGAAAAGGCACUUGGCAUGCCUGAUGGUUAUGAUGACAUGUCAGAAGAGGCUUCUGGCUUCUCUCCUCAUAUUCUGACCACUAACGAUGGCCAAACCCAGGUGGUCUACUAUCAGCAAUACCAGCUAAGUUGAAGACUCCCAUGAAGACUUUGUUUUGGUAUUGGAAUGUUUGCAGAACUUUGGUGAAAGGAUACAUGGUUAGUGUGAAUGACACAGUGUGAAGGCAGAUGCAUUUUAGACUUGUUUUUCACAUGUCUUUGUGAAGUCACUUGAGUACAAAUGAACAGCUGGAAGGCAAUACUAUUCAUUUCAAUCAGAACAAUAAUUCAAAAUUCAUUCCCAUCUUCAAGGAACACUGAC